AUGGGCUUUACGAGUGGAGAUGAACUCUUUAGCGACCCUCCGGCAUUCAGAGUCGGCAUAGAUGUGAUGAAAUUGCAGCUUCCAAAGCGGGAGUCCUUCGCCGGGUUUGUGGAUGUCGUCAGUGACCAAUUGACGCCACUGGAACGUGCCAAUCUUUUGCCAUCGCCCCCUUCGCCAGCUCUGUCCGAGAUGGAGGCACUUCGACGCUUUUACAUCAUAUGGACACUGAAAGAGGCAUACACCAAAGCUCUCGGUCUAGGCCUUGGCUUUGACUUCAAACGAAUUGAAUACGACACUUCGCAAGACGUGGUCCGGAUCGACGGGGUGACUCCUCAAGGAUGGCAGUUCAUCCGCUUCGAAAUCUCAGACAAGAAUGGUGAACUGAUACCGGAGGUAUAUGUUGGCGUGGUAGCGAAUUUUGUGGGGAGAGGAUCAGAGGAGUGCGAGACGUGCAGAGUCGAGUUUCGUGAAGCAAGAACUUGGCUGAAGAUACGGGGUGCAGCUGAGUUCCUUGAAGGAGCGCUGCGGGAUCUGCAGUGA